AUGAAAGGUAGAAGAAGCUAGUCUAUACAGAUGUUUGGUAUAUUUUUUCACAUAUUUCAAUUCUUACAGCUCCAAUUAAUUUUGGUCGAAAAAGAGUUGGAUUAUAUCAAGAUAGACAUAUAGAAGAAUGAUAGGAAUGUAGAAACCUACAGUGAAGUGAGUUCAAAACUUUCAUAUUAGAUAAUCAGACAAUCUUAAAGAUUAAGGAACAGGAAUAUGAAUCCUUAAGACUCUGAUAUUCCUUCUACCGAAGAAAGAAAAACUAAAGGUUGCACCACAUCAAGUCAUCAUCACAAAAAGAAGUAGGGCAAUAUGUACAAAUAGAGAAUCGAGAAAUUGACCAAGGACAAGACUAUUAUAAAGAAUGGAUUUAGAAAUGACUUUAACCAAAAAUUCAAUAAGAAAAGAGGAAGAGAUGAGUUUGAAAGGUCAUAUCUGGACAAGAUUGAAGAUGGGUAUUUUGCUGAUAAUAGUCUCUACCCAAGCAGAGUAACAACUAAGAAGCGCAAAAUAAACCCUCAAGCACAGGUAAAAUGGCUUAAAAAGCCUACUUAUGGGUACAAAAAUUAAAAGGGUAGAAAUAUGAAAUAAGCUUUCAAGAUGUAUAAGGAUACAGAAAUCUUCAGAUUCAGGUCAAAGCAGUAAUUUAAGAUGCUCGAAGAGAACUUAAUUCAUCACUCACACGAUGACGAUCUCGAUACUGAUGAGGAAAUAGUAACAAAUCACAUUGAAAUGUGCCUAGAUGAACUAAGGACCAGAAUCAAUGAAUUCCUCUAAGGUGAGCCAUUGAAAAUGAUAAGAAACAUAAGAGGUGAGUUUUCUGGAAUUGAAAAAUUUGAUUGCAACUCCAAAGAGGACAGAUUAUCCUCUCCUGAAUCCUCAUGGUAUGAAAUAGUUAGUGAUAGCAAAUGA